CGCUGCAAGAAGUUAGGGAAGGCACAUCCAGUAGAGUUAGAAAGACAUAUAUAUGAGCUACUGCUAUAGCCUACAGUGUUAGUAUACUUAUGCUAGGACUAACUGUUUGGUAAUAUUAACACUUAUAAACCGAAAUUCUAUUCUAUGUCUAUCAAGUGAUAUUUUUUCUUACUUAUUUCACUGUUUCGUCACCUAUAAGAUUGGUUUGUAGUCGAUUACUUUUUUAUUGGCGGCAGAGCCGCGAUAGGCCUAUGCUUGCCUAUGUCAAGUUUAAGUGAUCUUCCUGAUUGCGAGCAACAAAAGACUGAGUACUGUAAUAAUAAACGACGAAGGUCACUAGAAAACAAUCAUCAUAACUCUGAUCGCUUGUCAAAAAAAAUUAAAGGCAACCAAGAAUCAAAUAUGACAGACACAGGAACGUCUAAGAAAAACAAUUUUGCAAACCUUCAAAGCCCAAACGGAGUCAGUAAAAGUGCCUCCCCUUUGGUUGCUAAUAAGCCUGGCUCAGCAAAGAAGCUUGUCAUCAAAAACUUUGAAAAACCAAAAUUGCCUGAGAAUUAUCAACAAGAGACAUGGGGUAAACUGAAAGAAGCUGUUAUUGCAAUUCAGACAUCUCGAUCCAUUCACACUUCCCAGGAAGAGUUGUACCAGGCUGUAGAGAAUCUCUGUUCCCAUAAAAUGGCAUCACAGCUUUAUGAAAAUCUAAAAAAUUUGUGUGAACAGCAUGUGAAGUCUAAUGUUGAUCAAUUUUUAAAAGAUAACAUGAACAAUGCAACUUUUUUGAAAGUUAUGAAUGAUUGCUGGCAAGCUCAUUGUAGACAGAUGAUAAUGAUUCGAAGCAUUUUCUUAUACUUGGAUCGAACUUAUGUUUUACAGAAUGCUUCUGUAGCAUCUAUAUGGGACUUGGGUUUAGAACUAUUUAGAAUACACAUCAUCAGUAACCAGCUUGUCCAGUCAAGGACUGUGGAGGGCCUGUUGGUGCUAAUUGGAGAGGAGAGAUGUGGUGAAACUGUUGACAGAACCUUGCUAAAAAAUCUUUUUAGAAUGCUCUCUGAUCUACAGAUUUAUCAAGAAACAUUUGAAGGUCGUUUCUUGAAGGCUACAGAAGAACUUUAUGCGAGUGAAGGUCAAAGAUUGAUGCAGGAACAAGAAGUUCCUCUUUAUUUGAGACAUGUUGAUAAAAGAUUAAAUGAAGAAUGGGAGAGGCUACUUUAUUAUCUGGACCACUCAACUAAAAAAGCUUUAAUUCAGACUGUAGAAAGACAAUUAUUGGGUGAACACCUUUCUAGUAUUCUUCAAAAAGGUCUAGAUCAGUUGUUAGAAGAAAACCGUAUAAGUGAUCUAAGUUUGAUGUAUAGCCUGUUUUCUCGAGUCAAGGAUGGAUUGCCAGAGCUGUGUUCCUAUUUUAAUCAAUAUAUCAAGAAAAAAGGUCGGGUUAUAGUAACAAAUCCAGAAAAAGACAAAACCAUGGUACAAGAACUUCUAGAUUUCAAAGAUCAACUGGACACUGUGGUCAUUGAUUGUUUUCAUAAGAAUGAGAAAUUUGUUUAUUCUUUAAAAGAAGCUUUUGAGUACUUUAUAAACCAGAGACCUAACAAACCUGCUGAAUUAAUAGCUAAGUUUGUGGAUUCAAAACUUCGUGCAGGAAACAAGGAAGCAACAGAAGAGGAACUAGAAAGGUUAUUGGACAAAAUAAUGGUUUUGUUUCGAUUUAUUCAUGGCAAGGAUGUUUUUGAAGCUUUCUAUAAGAAAGACCUGGCUAAGAGACUUUUAGUGGGAAAGAGUGCUUCUGUUGAUGCUGAAAAGUCCAUGUUGUCAAAACUAAAACAGGAAUGUGGAGCAGCCUUCACUAGCAAGCUGGAAGGAAUGUUCAAAGAUAUGGAACUUUCCAGGGAGUUAAUGUUGAACUUCAAACAGUAUCUUCAGAAUGUCAGUCCUUCAGGAAAUAUUGACAUGACUGUCAAUAUCCUUACAAUGGGUUAUUGGCCAACUUAUCAACCUAUGGAGGUCCACAUGCCUCACGAGAUGGUUCAGUAUCAAGAGAUUUUCAAAAAGUUCUACUUGGGCAAACACAGUGGUCGUAAACUACAGUGGCAGCCAAAUUUGGGGCACUGUGUACUUCGUGCAGAAUUUCCAUCGGGUAACAAAGAAUUGCAGGUUUCUUUGUUUCAAGCUCUGGUAUUGUUAUUAUUCAAUGAUGGUGAUCAGUUUUCUUAUGAAGACAUUAAACAAGCUACUUCCAUUGAGGAUGGAGAAUUACGACGAACUCUACAGUCUUUAGCAUGUGGUAAAGCCAGGGUUGUCCAGAAAAUCCCAAGGGGCCGAGACGUGGAGGACAAAGACAAGUUUGAAUUCAACACUGACUUUACAAAUAGAUACUUUAGGAUAAAAAUCAACCAAAUCCAGAUGAAAGAAACACAAGAAGAACAGUCCACAACACAAGAACGAGUUUUUCAAGAUCGUCAGUAUCAAAUUGAUGCAGCCAUCGUCAGAAUUAUGAAGAUGAGAAAGUCUUUGACUCAUAACUUGCUGAUCACAGAGCUGUAUGACCAGCUGAAAUUCCCCGUUAAACCAGCAGACUUGAAGAAACGAAUUGAAAGCCUAAUUGAUAGAGACUACCUGGAGCGAGACAAAGACAAUCCUAACCAGUAUCAUUAUGUAGCAUAACACCAAGUCCUUAUGCUACUUUGUAACUUUUUCUUAGUGUUGUAGACAGAUGUCCAACAUUGUGUCAUACAUUGCCUGUUUCCAGCCGUUCAAAGUCGAGGACGUUUUCAAACAUCAUGUUUCCCAAAUCCUUUUAAAGGCAUCCAAUUCCCAGGGCUGUGAGCAUGUGGCAAAAUGACUAGAAUCACCAUAGACUGGAAAAAGCACAUUUGUAAAUAUUUCUGUGCCACAUCUUUUCUUCAGAUUUCAGCUUCAAGGUGCAACUUUCUACCUAGUGAUUAUAACAGGCAGCCUUACAAGUACAUGUCUAGUUUAGCCUUUCUCUCUCUCUCUCUCUCUCUGUUUUUUAAAGAUGUUUGCAUUUGUGAUUCACAAAGCUUUUGGUUUAUUGAAGAAAUACUUGAGCUGUUAAGAAAAAAAAAAAGACUGUAGUUUUUUUUUUAAUCUGUUGCUUUCUAGUUCCAAAUGUAUUAAUUUAAUUGGUCAAGAAGAUUCCCAGUGUUGUAAAUUAUUUCUGUAUACGAGAAAAAAUGCAAAAAUGAUUUUAACUGAACUGAGAAUGAAAUGAUUACAUUUUAAUGCAUUUGAAAAAUCUUUUGUUUUGGAACAGUAAUCUUUACUUUGUAAGCGUUGUGUACACGUAGUAUUAAAUAAACAGGUGGACUAUAUAGAAUUUCAUUUCACACUGUGUUCCACUUCACUGGCAUAGCAUAGCUUGUAUGAAGAGAUGUAAGUACUUAAAAUUAAAAUGGCUUUUUGGUUGUUUACAAUUGUG